UACAAAUAUACAUUUUAUUGUCUCACGUUUAAAAGAUUAAAGAGCGAGAAAGACGAGAUAAAAUAAGCAAGCUAACCAUAUUAGUCCACACAGUCCCUUCAAGCACUCACUGGAAGUUUGUCACCCUUAAUUUUCUGCACUAUCAAAAAUCUCACUGCAUUUAACCCUUUACACUCGACAAAUUUUCAAGAAAUGCAUCUUCAGUUUGUACCCAGUGUUAAUAUUCAGCCACCUUCAAUAAGUAAAUUUCUCAAAAUGAUGCUGAUUUUACUCUUAUUUUGCGCCUGCACUACCCUUGCAGACCCCAAUAUUAUCAAAAUCCAAGGCGAAACUGACCGAGGGUGGAACGAGGCAGAUGUCGCCUACAACAUUUCCAAGUGCAACCCCACCGUUCCCAACGCUCCAGGAGGACGGGUCCGGACAAUGACGACGACGGGCAAGUGCUACAACGUUUAUCGCGAGGAAAACUGUACUGGUUCUUUUGUUCGCCUGUCAAUAAAUAAAUUGGCCGUCACCAUGGUUUCGCCUAGGACAACUCGUUGGAUUGGGGAUCAAGUGGUUAGUGAGAUCCUGCACGUGGGGUCGGUAGGACCUUGUUUUGACGAUUGCGACUUGGCAAAUUGGGUGGGCGACAGGAGAGAAACCACAGUUGUCACGUUGUAUGCGAAACACCUCUAUCAAGGUGACAGCGCCUCCCUGGUUAUUGAUGAGGAUGGCUGUAUUCAAAUUCCUCCACGUUACCAGAAAAUCGGAUCCAUAAAGAUUCCAGGAGAUGAGACAAAUUGCCUCGAGCUGCAUAGUGAGGCCGACUGCGGAGGAAAGUUCACACAACUGAAACCUGGAUAUCCGGAACUGAAGCAUCUUUGGGUUUGGGGGGCGAGCCGUGAUGUUUUUCAUGCCAGAGCGAUUUCAAGAUGUGGCAUGUUUUGCAAUAAAACCGAGCCAGAGAGCAGUCCAAUUAUCACAGACCAAUUGGGACCCGGUACCGUUACUCUUUUUGACCAUAAAGGUUAUGGCAUGACUAUAAAUAUUACAAAUGGCUGUGUCAAUCUGACUAAGUCUGUAUAUUCCAUCCAAACUUACGGCCAAUGUGUUCUUAUUUAUGGGGAACCAAACUGUGCUGAUGAGCAAGGGUCACAGUCAAAUGGGGAACGGGGUGAAAUUUUCAUCAAAAAGGAUUUCAUAAGGACGAUUCUAGUCGUCGCCAAAUCGAUGAAACUUUGUGGAGCUGAUCACAAGUCUGAAGAGAAGGAGGAUACUUUACUCUUCGUUCUGAAAGUGACCACGUUAGGAUUGGCGUUGGAGCUGGUGAUCGUCUGCAUCUGUCUUUGUGGGGUGUGUGCAAUCAAUCGUGCAAAAAAUAAAAAAUCAAGGUUCGGACUGGAGACUGAUAUUUAAGAACAGCGAUUAAUAUUUACAUUAAUGAAAACUAUAACUAAACUUUAUUUUACGCAAAAAUAAUUUUCAGAAAAAGUGCACAAUGUUUUUCAAGUGUUGCAUCAUUACUUAUAAUUAGUUAGUACUUGCAAAAGUUAUGAAAAACCCAUGGCAUUCUGUAUAUUUACAAAAUAAACUAUUUGUAUUUCCAAAUCCUGCAUGCAGCGAUAAAUUUAAUUUUGGAAUCCAUGCCCUCAGUGAAUUGACAAAAUUAACAAAUUACUUCAUACUGCCCACACAUUGGGAUAAUGACAUUGUCACGAUGUCAGCAAUAUUCAUGGAUAAACCGGAGAAAGUUAUGAGAAAGUUAUGAGCACAAUUAUUGCCACCAUUAAAAUAACAAAUGCUUUCAUAUUAAAUAAUAAGUACAUAUAUUUAUUUCUUUUAAUUUGAUUAUGAAAUAAAAAAAGGUCGAAUAGUAA